GCUCAUUUACUUAACAUCACUUCCCCACCGCCAGGAAAGCAAACACAACUGCUGAAGCUGCGGAGGAAGAGAAGUGAGAUCGAUGUGAGAAGCUGUCACCUGGAGCCUCUCGAGCUGAACUUUUUCUGUUUUUUAGUCGUUUUUUUCCCCUCUCUUCUUCUUCUUCCUCUUCCUCGUCUUCUUCUUCUGCGGACUCCGCAGCAGCAGCAGCAGCAGCAGCUCUGUGUGUCACUGAUCAGCUCGAGCGGGACACUUGCGGAGGGAGACAGUGUGCGCCGGGCAUGGAGAGGAAACUCUGCUCCGACUGAUUACCGGAUUUGUUUUUCCUGCCUGUGCUUCAUUCUAAAUAAUGGAGAGUUGACGGCUUGAGAGGAACCUGACUAACAGCAGUGUGACAGGAUAAAGAGGAUAAGGCUGUCUCCACAGGAGCAGGACUUCUUAUUACCUGUUUCAAACUCGGCGUCCCUCCUGCAGUGUCAUGGCUGCGUAUGGACAGACUCAGUACAGCCCCGCCCUCCCGCCUGCAGGACCAUACACACCGUACACUCACCACUCACAGGGCUACAGCAUGCCGUCCUACAACAUUAAAACAGAGGACGGUCUGAGUCACUCUCCAGGACAGACGGGACUACUGGGAUACUCUAACUUCAGCACCACUCCUCCCAGCCAAAGCCUCUACAGCUACUCUCACACACAUGGCAGCGGUAUUUCAUCUGGAAUUUUUCAAGGCACCCAUGCAAUCUCAAGUUCAACCCCAUUCAACCCUACCCAACAAGAGUUUUCAGCGUAUUCAAGCUACAGUCAGAGUCAAUACUCUCCGUACUAUAACUCACAUCACUACAACAACCCCUACCUAACCAGCAGCAACAUCAGCCCCGCGGCCAUCACAGCACCAUUAGCCUAUCAGCACCCAGAACACCCCGUUAUGGUGCCCAAUCACAGCCCAGAGUCGCAUACAGGGGAGUACCACCCGCCGCCAAGCCCCCCCACACCUGGUAAAGAGGAGGGGGUCCCAGCACGACGGGGGUCAGAUGGCAAGUUGAGAGGAAGAAAAAGAGUCAGUGACCCGGCUCCACCUCUGGACUCUGAUAUAGAGCGAGUGUUUAUCUGGGAUCUGGAUGAAACCAUCAUCAUUUUCCAUUCUCUCCUCACGGGAACUUUCUCCUCACGAUUUGGCAAGGACUCUUCAAAAGCAGUGUCUCUGGGUCUGUGGAUGGAGGAAAUGAUCUUCAAUCUGGCCGACUCCAGACUCUUCUUCAAUGACCUGGAGGAAUGUGACCAAGUUCAUAUUGAUGACGUGGCAUCAGAUGACAACGGACAGGACCUGAGCACUUACAACUUUGGGUCAGAUGGUUUCCAGAGCCCAGCAGGGGCCGGUUCUCUGUGCCUGGGGUCGGGGGUCCAUGGAGGGGUGGACUGGAUGAGGAAACUGGCUUUCCGAUACCGCAGAGUCAAGGAGAUCUACAACACAUACAAGAAUAAUGUUGGGGGUUUGCUGGGCAGCCCAAAGCGAGAAGAGUGGUUACAACUGAGGAGAGAAAUGGAAGUCCUGACUGAUCUGUGGCUGACUCAAGCACUCAAAGCCCUGGCUCUCAUCAACUCAAGACCCAACUGUGUGAAUGUGUUGGUGACCACCACCCAGCUCAUCCCGGCUCUCUCCAAGGUGUUACUGUAUGGUCUGGGCUCAGCCUUCCCCAUAGAGAAUAUAUACAGUGCCACUAAGACAGGCAAAGAGAGCUGUUUUGAACGUGUCUCUCAGAGGUUUGGUCGGCGAGCAGUGUAUGUAGUGAUAGGAGACGGAGCCGAGGAGGAGACCGUGGCCAAGAAGAAGAACAUGCCAUUCUGGAGGGUGUCCUGUCGGGCCGAUCUCGAGGCUCUGAGCCAUGCACUGGAGCUGGACUACCUCUAGAUGGCACCAUCCGUCACGUUCUGUUAUUCCACUCAAGCUAUGAGAAGCUCCUGAACUCCUGAGUGCAGCUAAAGGGGGAAAGGUGCCCCCAGGAGACUGAUUCAGAGUCAGUAUUGCUAUUGUUGAGCGCGCCCACAGACGGACAACUUUACAACAAAGCCAAAGGAGCUGGGGGGAUUUUGAAGCGAGGCAGCAGCACAUCUACAACACACACAUGAAGCCAGAAGUGCUGGACCAAAGUAAAAGACCAAAGUGAAAAAGGGACCAAAGCUUCUAACUAACCCCAGAGAGCAAUGGUUAAUACUUUGAAUAUUAAAUAUAUAUAUUAUAACAACCUUUCCUUUUUAUUAAAUUGAGUUCAUCUCAACUUUAUGAAUGGUGUCCCACUUUUGUACGCAGAAAAGUGUUGCACUGAAUGCGAGUUCUUACAUACUGUUUAAUGACCACAGUGAGUGUGUCUGCAUGGAUGAAAAGUACAAAUUGUUUGUUCUGCUGUGUCUUUAUAUGUGUUUUGAGACUUAAAUCAUUUUUCCCUGGCCAAUACUAUUUUAAAGACAGAAUUAGAAACACGAGUUGUGAUCUUGCGUGCGGUAGAUUUUGCCUCCACUAUUAUUUUAGAAUAAUUCUAGUAAUACGUCAGCUAGAUAAAUGUCAAAUAACAUUCUCCUCAUAGUUAGAGGCUAUUAAAAUAGUCUGAAUUCUUCCAUUAAAAUGAGAACUAUUUAUUAUUUGGUUCAAGUCUACAACACAAUGAGGUAUAUAUGGUUUGGGAGCUCGUUCAAAAAAACAACAACUUUUAAAUACCAAUAACAUGCUCUUGUAAAAAUGUUUUGAUAAGAAGUUACCUUGAAGAUGCUGUAUUAUAGGCUGGUGCUCAAAUCCUGACUUUUGAUUCUGGGUUGUAUAUUGUUUUCUUUCUGUCAUUGGUAAAUUUCCUAAUAACCUGUCUGUAAUAUAGAUGAACUGGUGUGGUUGUGCAUGUGCCGAUUACACUGCCUGUCAGCUUAGCUAUGAUUUGUAUAUAAUGCUUUAUUGUCGAUUUGUUUUGACAGACAGUUAAGGUAGAUUAAUAAAGAUAAAUUAAUUGCAUUGUGGGGAAA